AUGAAGAACCAUGAGAUCAUGGUCGAGAACCGCCUGCAUUCUACGCAGCACCUAAAUGAGAUGAGCGAAGGGCUCGCUACGCACACUAUAUUUUAUGUGUGGGUGCGCUAUAACGCGCUUCGCCGCUCCUCGACCAAAGAGCUCGCCAGCCGAUACAAAUGCACUCUCCAAGACUCAGAAAUAGCGACGGAGAAGAUUAAGAACAACUUCGACGUUACAGGGGAAGAGCUGGAGCGCUUCAAAAGGGAGAAUCUCACCGUGAGGCCGUGCAGGGUCGUUCACGUGGGGGGACGCAACCCGGGUAACAUUCAAAAGCAAGAAGAUGACGUCAGAGCGCGCAUGUCCAAUAUGUCGGAUACAUACCGCAGGAUGGUCACGCAGACUCAAACGAUCCGGCAAGAGUACUUCAAUUUCCGCUUGCCUCGAAUCUUGCGGGCUCUCAAAAGAGUGCGUGGACGAGAUCGAUUUAGGAACGCAGUACCAUCUCUCUCGGUAAGCGUUCCUAUAUGA